UACCCCAUCGUGUAUCAAAGCGGUCAACCACGAACAUAACGAAACUAAAACAAAGUUAAAACAGAAAAAUAAAAAUAAAAAAACUAUCAAACCUUCAUUAAUCAUUACACUAGGUGCCUACUAAAACCGAACACCAUGGCGCCGCGGCAGACCGUCCUGCCGCUCGCGUACCGGGCCUUCUUCCUAAUAAUCGAGCCGGUGUCCGCGCUCGUCGGGGCCUUCUACGCGCACUUCCGGCAGCGGGAGUACCUGGCCAUGACGUCGCACGCGUCGCCGCCCAUGUCGUUCGGCACCUCUGUCGUCAUGUCGCAGCUCGCGAACCUGUACCUCCUAUUCGCGCUCAACGAGGCCUUGGUCUUGCGGUCCACGGGCGAUUUAAGGGUCUGGAGAACGGUGUUGUUUGUGUUAUUGGUCGCGGACUUCGGACAUUUGUACUCGGUCAGCGCUCAUGGCGCGUGGAUGUUCUGGGAUGCGAGGAGGUGGAAUGCUAUCGAUUAUGGCAAUGUGCCGUUUGUCUAUUUGGGCGCGACGAUGCGGAUGGCGUUUUUGGCUGGGGUUGGGUUAGGGGCCCCGGGAGAGGGUAAGGGCAAGAAGGCAGCUUGAUGAGUUUGAUCU